AUGAUUGCCCUUCCUGCUCUUCAUCGGAAAGUGGAACAAUUUCGUCUGCGUAUUCAACUCGGCCCCAAAGUACCCAACCCUGGUUUGCCUCGAAGCGAGUGGAUCUGUGCUGAAAACAGUGUACAACGCAAGCUUGUUCGCCUGUUAGAAAAGUGUGUUCUUCAAGAGUCAAUUGAAAACAAUAGUUUUACGAAUCUAUCCGAUUUUGCCUGCUUUCAUAGACAGCAAUUCUGCAAACAUCUUCGAACGCGUAGGAUUGCUAGAUUCAUUCGAAACGCAUUCGCUUCUCUGUCAUGGUGUCUCGAGAGCUGCUUCGCAAUGCACAAAUGGUGCCUCUGCCGACUUCCUCCCAACUGUUUGCGUCUAUAUUGCGAUGGAUACGUACGACUGUGGCAUCAGAAUAAGGUGACAACACUACUCAGUAUUUUAAACAAAACGCUCGUAUCCCGUGAGUCGAUCUCACAAUGGCCACCAGAUUCCCCUGUGCACGAGUUGCUACAUCUUGUCUCCUCUGGUCCACCCGGCAAUAAGCUUCAGUCCUUGGUCCAAACAACUCUGUCCGCCCGGCCUGGGCUUCAUUCUUCUUCCAUUCUCGCCCGCCGCCCCAAUGUCGUCGAACUCUCUCCUGAUCAGCCAGUACUGGCGUGUCUGACGUUCCCGGCUUCUUCCAACAGCAGUAGACUUUGCAACAUACUGCAUGAUCUUGGCAACAUUGGUCGCGUUAGCGUUGAGACACCGGAAGAGCAAGCAUGUGAUAUGAUGCGCUUGCGUCUACGCCUUUACAUUAGACGGGUGCUUACACUUCUCGAGGAGCCCAAACAAUGUCCUGUCUACUUGGUUGGUUUCGGUGUUGGCUCCAUCUUGGUCCUUCUUGCUGUGUUGCACCUAUACUCUUUAGAACUGCGCCGCGAACGGCGUGGGGUGGCUGGCAUUAUUUGCUUCGGUAUCCCGUUGAUGGGCCUGAAGGGCCCACGUGGAUGUGUAAACGAUCCGUUGCUGGCUUUACCGGAUGUCCCAACUCUGUUCAUCGUUGGUUCAAACAGCCGUUUGGGUGGGCGGAAGCACGCGUUAUACUUCCGUCGCCAGUUGUGGCUUGCACAACGGCGUAUACAUACCAGCGGUUCGACGCCUGAUUUGGCGGAUGACGAUCAGACAUGUGAUUCGACAUCAUCCGAUUCAACCAGACCUAGUAAAUCUAACUAUACUGGGUCCGGCGUACGAAAGGGUCCUGGAAUUCAAGUGUUAACAAUCGGUGGAGCUGACCAUUUAUUGCGCAUGCGUCCCUCAGCUUGUGUCCGUUGGUGUACAACACAGGCGGCUGUUGAUCAACGAGUACUGGCCUCUGUCGAAAGAUUCAUUCACCGCGCUGAGCGGACCUCGCAGGUAUAUUCAAAUGACUGCAGUCCACGUGAUUCAAAUGGACAAGUUUCGCAGUAUGAACAUGCACGAGGGCAACCUGGACUGAAAACAUCCAGAAAUCUAUCGCCACAACUUUUUCCUUUAUCUAGCGCUGGUGUUUAUCAUGCUGACGGUGUAUCCAGUCAUCCACAUUUGUCACAGACCCGAAAGCUGCCCUCCUUUCAUCGACGUCCUUAUAUGGGGUCGAACUUCACCGGCCAGCACAUUGAUUGAUUUGUCCCAUCACUACAGUAAUUUGUAAACUAUUUAUCGUAAACACAUCAAUUCACUGUCAAGC